AUGAGCAGCACAGAAACACAAAAGCUGCCCAAAAAGAAGAAGAAAUUCGUCUUCGAUGACGACGACUUCUUUGUCAUCAAGAAGGCGAAAAAGCUGAAGUCAGCUGACUCGCAAAAGGACAAAGCGGCAUUGAUUCUGCCCAUCGACUCGGCUACAACCCCACAUCCACAAUCUCCACAACCAACAAUCCAAUUGGGAAGUAUCAGUCCCAACGAUGAUCUAAAUACAUUCUACUCUGCGGAUGAGACAAUGCGUGCACCAAUCUCUCUAGAAGAACAGACACUGCCAGAGUUGCGCCAAACUAGAAGCCUGCAAAGUAAUAGCCUACGGCUGUCGCAAAUUCAAACGGUUGCUUUGGAGGGCGACGAAGAUUCGGAUUUAAACGAAUUUUUCAGUCACCUUUCCAAGGAGAAGUUGACUGACGAACUGAAAAGACAUUACAAUGUUCGCGUGGUCUCUAAGAUACACCCAACAUUCGAGAAGGAACAGACUAUCCAUGGAAACUACACUUUUGAAAACUUGAUAAAUGAUAUGUUGAAUGCAAAUCGAAGAAGCCGGGCGGCGCGGUCUUGCUGGCAAGAUGGGGCUUUGGUGUGGGUGGAGGGACGAACCGAACUCAAGCGAUUUGCCAAACCCAGCACGCUUCGCAUUAACCCAUCGAAGGAUGGCAGUAUCACAGUUAUUACGUGCUUAUUAAUACCGACUGAACAUGUCCUCGACUUUGAGUCGAUAUACCCUGAGUUCAAAGAUGCUGAGGAAGGUGUGGCGGAAGUCAAACUUGACACACUUGUAAUUGACAUUGAAGAUGAAUCAGAGGACGACGUACCGGUAACUCAGCCUCUACAAGAGACGCCGACACAAGCCAACAGCGAUAAUUACUUUGUCAUUGCUCUCAAAGGGAAAGACAACAAGCGCGUUGAGGUUGAGGUGAACUCAAGUACCCCAAUCAACAAGCUCUUGCUACACUAUUUGUCACAAAAGGGUAUAGAUCCGGCUACAGUUCGGAAUCCGAGACUAGUUUUCGAUAGUGAACCGCUACGUUUGGACCAAACCGUGGGAGACACGGAGCUUGAAGAGGACUUUGAGGUGGAAGUGUACAUAUAA